CAUCACCAUUUUCUACCAUCUUUGUAGUGCUAUGAUGCUUGGCAUUGCCAUUGUUCCAAAAUCCCCAUCUUUUGGUAGCUAUUUGCCAAAUUGGAGGAUGCAAAAACGCAAAUUAUUGAAUAAACCUUCUCUUCUCACCAAUUCCUUCUAGCACUCGUUCAAUUCUGGUCACACCAGAGGAGAAGAGGAGACCAAGACAAGAAGAAAGAAGAAAGAAGAAAGAAGAAAACAGAAACAUAGGAGAACAACAAAGAAAGAGGUGUGUGUCUGUGUUAUAAAACCACCAUUUUAUUUUAUUUUUUUGAAUUUAUUUUUCUGGGAUUACUAAGCUGGUACGAGGAAACCACACACAGAACAAAGUACCAAGUAGCAGUGGAAGGAAGAGAGAAAGAGGUGGCACCGAAAUCAAUCUCAGAUCUCACAAUCAGCACCACCCCAGAUCCCAUCUGAUUCUUUGUUCAUUCACAAGUUUGGAUUUUUUGCCUCAAUUUUUGGUCAAAGUUUAUGGCUUCAUCUGGGAAUCCAAAUCAGCAGCCACAACCACAACAACAACAACAAAACCAUUUUGAUUUCAAUAAGCUUUUCAAGGCACCAACAACAUCACCUUCAGCAUCAUCACCCUCACCCUCUAUCCCUAAUUCUUCAAAUUUGAACACUUCCCCAUCAUUCCCUGCUCCUUCUCCUUCCACACCCCCUCCUUCUUCCUACCCCACCCCCUCUUCCUCAUACCCUCCACCAACUGGCACAUACCCUUAUCACCACCCUCACUUUCUCCCCUAUCCACAGCUUCACCACCAUCAACAACAACACCAAGAACACCCUCUUAUCCUCCACCACCUUCCCCAAAUGCAUGCCCCUCAAAGACCCCCUAUUUUCCAACCCCCUUCUCCAUCCUCACCACACCCCCUCAUGGCCUUGUUGGGCACCCAAAACCCUCCCUCCAAUCAGGAGCCACCAGUUGUGUACACAUCUCCCUCCACCUCAUCACCAUCACCAUCUCCAUCACAUGUGGCUUCUGAUUUUCCAAACCCUGCAGGGUUGCCCUCCACACAGCCCUCAGGGUCUCCUGUGACUCUGGCUAGUGCUCAGUCCACACCAGCCAGGAUGCUCAGCACCAAGCUUCCUAAGGGGAGGCACUUGAUUGGAGAGCAUGUUGUGUAUGACAUUGAUGUUAGGAUGCCUGGAGAGGUGCAGCCUCAGCUUGAGGUCACUCCAAUCACCAAGUAUGCCUCUGAUCCUGGCCUCGUGCUCGGCCGCCAAAUCGCAGUGAAUAAGUCUUACAUUUGCUAUGGACUCAAACUUGGGGCCAUCCGGGUCCUUAAUAUCAACACUGCAUUGAGAUACUUGCUUCGUGGUCACACUCAGAGAGUAACAGACAUGGCUUUCUUCGCUGAGGAUCUUCACCUGUUGGCCAGUGCAAGCACUGAUGGGAGAAUAUUUAUAUGGAAAAUCAAUGAGGGCCCUGAUGAGGAUGACAAGCCUCAAAUUACUGGAAAAGUUAUCCUAGCAAUUCAAAUAUUAGGAGAGAGUGAGUCAGUUCAUCCAAGAGUAUGCUGGCACCCACACAAACAAGAGAUUUUAAUGGUUGCUAUUGGAAACCGUAUCCUCAAAAUUGACAGCAUGAAAGCCGGAAAAGGUGAAACUUUUUCUGCAGAGGAGCCUCUCAAAUGUUCCAUUGAUAAGUUGAUUGAUGGGGUGCAUCUUGUUGGUAAGCACGAUGGCAAUGUCACUGAGUUGUCAAUGUGCCAAUGGAUGAAGAGUCGAUUAGCUUCUGCAUCAGCUGAUGGCACGGUGAAGAUAUGGGAAGAACGUAAGGCUGCACCACUUGCUGUUAUAAGACCACAUGAUGGUAAACCUGUCAAUUCUGCGACGUUCUUGACUGCUCCUCACCGCCCUGAGCACAUUGUUCUUAUCACAGCGGGACCACUAAAUCAGGAAGUGAAGAUAUGGGUCUCUGAUAAUGAAGAAGGCUGGCUAUUGCCUAGUGAUUCUGAGUCAUGGAAUUGUAUUCAGACUUUAGAUAUAAGAAGUUCGUCUGAAGCCAACCCUGAGGAUGCAUUCUUUAAUCAAGUUGUAGCAUUGCCCCGUGCUGGUUUGUUUCUGCUUGCAAAUGCCAAGAAAAAUACAAUAUAUGCUGUGCACUUAGAGUAUGGAUCCAAUCCAACUGCAACUCGCAUGGAUUACAUUUCUGAGUUCACAGUCACAAUGCCUAUAUUAAGUCUUACUGGAACUAGUGAUAGUUUACCAGAUGGAGAGCAUAUUGUACAAAUAUAUUGUGUCCAAACACAAGCUAUUCAACAGUACGGACUCAAUUUGUCACAAUGUUUGCCUCCACCCCUGGACAAUGUUGAACUUGAGAAAACAGAAUCCAAUCUAUCUCGUGCCUUUGAUGCUUUGGAUGGAUCUACGAAUCUGGAAACUGGAAAUAUGCCACAAGUUCAUUCUAGCAGUUCUGAAAGUGCUCCUGUUGUGAGCCUUACUGUUUCAUCAGCUAUUUCUGGUCUACCUGAAGCUUCUAUAUCAGAUACAGAGACCAAGUCAAAUGAUUUACCUUCUCAUAAUGGUUUUGAACAUACCCCUACUGCUCCACCUCCACUUCCCCAGAGUCCAAGAUUGUCCCAGAAGUUAUCUGGUUUCAAAAAUUCAUCAAAUAAUUUAGAGACUAGUUCAACCAGUGCUGAUCACAACAGUGAGCAGACAAACCUUAAUUCUUCGGCUGAACGAAGAAUGGAAUCUGAAAAAGAUAUGGCAGAUGUGUCUGCAUCAGGUGACAAUUUGCGGAAGGAUGAUAAAGUUGUUCAAAAUGAUGUUUCUGUUGUUUCUAAUGCCCCUCCAACAUAUAAACACCCAACCCAUUUGGUAACUCCAUCUGAGAUCUUCUCGAAAACUUCUUUAUCUUCUGAUAAUUCCCAUAUUUCUCAAGGUAUGAACUCUCAAGAUGUGGCUUCCCAUAGCAAUGUAGAAAACUUUGAAGUUGAGGUUAAAGUUGUAGGUGAGACAGGUUCUAAUCAAGAAAAUAGCGAGUAUGAAAGAGACAGAGACUCGCACACCAAUGUUGCUGAGAAGAAGGAGAAGCUAUUCUAUUCUCAGGCCUCUGAUCUAGGCAUUCAGAUGGCUAGAGAGACUUAUAACAUUGAGGGAGCUCGUCAAGCUGAUACUAUUAAGACCACUGAUGCACCUGAUCAAAGUUGUAACUCUGUUGAGGAAGAAGUUCAAGACACGAGUAAGGAUGUACCUGCAAACAUCAGUGAAUCAGAAACUGUGGCGGCUGCUGUGCAAUCUCCUGCACCUUCUGGGAAAGGAAAAAGACAAAAAGGGAAAAAUUCUCAUGUGUCUGGUGCAUCUUCCCCUUCUCCCAGUCCUUUUAACUCGACAGAUUCAUCAAAUGAUCAAGGUGUCAAUUCAGGAGGGUCAUCCAUGGAGGCUGCUUUACCACAGUUAUCUGCUAUGCAGGAGAUGAUGGGCCAGAUGUUAAGCAUGCAUAAAGAAAUGCAAAAGCAGAUGAAUGCGAUGGUGUCUGUCCCAGUUACUAAGGAAGGCAAAAGAUUAGAAGGAUCCUUGGGUCGAAACAUGGAGAAAGUUGUCAAGGCUCAUACUGAUGCUUUGUGGGCUCGAUUGCAAGAAGAAAAUGCAAAGCAAGAGAAGUUAGAGCGAGACCGUACACAACAAAUAACGAACUUGAUCUCCAAUUAUGUAAACAAGGACUUGGUAUCUAUAUUGGAGAAAAUCAUUAAGAAGGAAAUAUCUUCAAUUGGAACAACCAUUACCCGUUCAAUUAGUCAAGUUAUAGAGAAAACCAUAUCAUCAGCUAUUACAGAAUCGUUCCAGAAGGGAGUGGGAGACAAGGCAUUGAAUCAACUAGAAAAAUCAGUUAGUACAAAACUUGAAGCUACUGUGGCUAGGCAGAUACAGGCACAAUUUCAAACCUCUGGCAAGCAAGCUCUUCAGGAAGCACUUAAGACUAGUUUGGAAGCUUCAGUCAUUCCUGCUUUUGAGAUGUCUAGCAAGGCUAUGUUUGAGCAAAUUGAUGUCGCAUUUCAAAAUGGACUUCUGAAGCACACAACUGCUAUUCAACAGCAGUUUGAUUCUACUCAUUCGCCACUAGCCAUGACUUUGAGGGAUACAAUUAAUUCAGCAUCAUCAAUCACUCAAACUUUGAGUGGACAAUUGGCUGAUGGCCAACGUAAACUGUUAGAAAUUGCAGCUAACUCCAAAGUAGCUGCAGAUCCCUUUGUAUCACAAAUCAACAAUGGCUUGCAUGAGAUGACUGAGGAUCCUACCAAAGAACUAUCAAGGUUGAUAAGUGAGGGAAAAUUUGAGGAAGCAUUUACUGGAGCCCUUCAUAGAAGUGAUGUUACGAUAGUUUCUUGGUUAUGUUCUCAGGUUGAUUUAGCUGGUAUUUUGGCAAUGGUGCCACUGCCAUUAAGCCAAGGAGUACUUCUGUCUCUUCUACAGCAGUUGUCCUGUGACAUCAGUUCAGAGACACCCAGAAAAUUGGCAUGGAUGACAGAUGUUGCUGCUGCUAUAAACCCAGCAGAUCCAAGGAUUGCCGCACAUGUGCGACGAAUAUUGGAUCAAGUGUACCGAACACUGGGCCAUCAACGGACUUUACCAACUACCUCCCCUUCGGAAGCGAGCACUAUUCGGCUUCUCAUGCAUGUCAUAAACUCGGUGUUGUUGAGCUGUAAAUGACAUUGUUGUAUUUUAUCAUCUGUGCAGAAAGUGUUGAGUAUCAACUUUGGUUUGUAAUUGUAUAGAUAUUUAGAUAGUUUGGAGGGGAUGAAGUGAACUACUGUAUGUAGUUGUUUUGGUACAACUGAUUUGUGUGAAAUAGUUUCACUUUCUUUUUUGUAUGCUUGUUACAUUUUUCCAUGGCCCCCUCCUCAGGUGUCUUUGCUCUUUAGAGAUAUUAUUGCGUUCACCUUGAUGGGGAAGGAAAAGUGUGACAUCCUCAUGCAAAGAAGUCAACAUUGCAAUGACAGUUAUUUCCAAGCUGCCUUUGGAGUGGCUGUAGCAAGUACCGACUAGUUCUUGAAAAAGAUUUUGUGCUUCUAAGUAGUUGAGAAAAUGGGAAUGGGAGUGGCUUCAGAGGCUUUAUUGUUUUGCUAUGAUAUUUUAUGAGGGUUGAUUGUGGUGGCAGUUUCCAUAAAGGGUAGUUUUGAAUGUCUGCAAAGAAGCAGUUAUUGAGAAUGAUAUGGAAUCCUCCCAGUUAUGUAAACUUCGUACUUAAUAUAUCUACAGUAGCAAAUUGAGUUGGACUUGAGACCUCUCCUAAA